CUUCUGAUCAAUUCCUGAAUUCUCAUUCCCCUUGGUUAAGUUGGCUUCUUUCAUCUCUCUUUGCCGCACAUGAUUGCCAGAUCGAGAUGGAUGCCGCCCAUAGACCCUCCAAGAAUCUGGAUUGUAUCCCAUACGAUGUGUUCUACCAGAUCGCUUCCAGAUUAGGAUCGCAAGACCUGAUUCAGUUGGGCCGGGUCAACGGCGUCCUGUACCGCCUCGUGCAGGAUGAAAACAUUGCUCGCAAAGCCAUCGAGAAUGAAUUGCUUCAUACCACCGAGGGUCAAGCAGCGAUUGCCGCCCGCAAAGGGUAUCGCCAAGCGCUGGGGCGCGUGUUCGAUAUCCGCGAGGCCUUUGCUACUGCGCAGCCCUAUUCCGCUUCCCUUCUCGCCUAUGGCAGCUCGUUUCUCUACAGCGGGGGUGCGCUGACCUACAUCUACGGGGAAGAAAUCCGGAUUCUGGAUGUCCAUGGGGCAAGCCGCACGGAACAAGUGUUGAAUCUGCACCGGGUGCUGUCGCGAAUCAUUCCGUCCUGCGAUCCCGAGGAGGAUACGAUCCACAUCCGGCUCCUGCAGUACCACGACUGGAACCUGGCGUUCACCGUGGAGCGUGAAGAUCUGUCGGAAACGUGGCUGGUGGCGGUGGACAUGCGGCCCAAGCUGGAUUGCCACAAGACGGGGCGACUGCGGUUUCUGACUCGGCUGCGGGACACGCGACGGCUGUUCGUGCGGCUGAACAGUCGCUACCUCUAUUGGGGCAGCCACAGCAUGCUAAGCGUCGACGGUCACCUGCAAUGGGUGGUGGAAUGUGCGGAUCUGCAGACAGGGCGCCCCACGACGCGGGCCCCGGUCGUGCUCGACAAUUUCUCUGGACACGACAUGGCGCAGACCGUCUGCUUCGGCGUCUAUGACGACCACCUCUACGCGGUGUCGACCAUGAUCGGCCACGAGGCGGAGGAGAUCGACUGGACCUCCUACUACGUGUGGCUGUGCGUGUCGCCCACCGAAGACACCAAGCAGAGCACCAUCAACUUCCAGUGGCGGCGGCAGCACCGCGAGGGGCCCGUCAAUGACACCUGGUCGGAUCUGUCGCUGCGGGUCGACGAGGCCACGAAGCAGUUGAUGAUCCUCGAAUGUCGCCGCGAAUGGAUCAACAGCGGCAGCGAGAACAUCCGCACGUACUACAUGCAGUCCUUGCCCUCGCCCGCCGAAAUCAAGCAGAGUAAGCAGGAGCGCAUUCAAGCCGGUCUACUCCGUCAGCAUCGUUGUCGUCUUCGUAACAAUAGCAACAGCAACAGCAAUAGCAACAGCAAUAACGCGCCUCCGCGACCCGCGGUCCUCCCCGACGAGCCCCUGACCCGCACUCUGGACUCAACCAACAAACCCCGCUACCAACCGCCCCAGAAACGCAUCCGCCGUCACUAUCACCAGGAAUACCCCCCCGGCACAGAUCUUGUCAAGCGUCGAGACUUCAUCCUGGCCCGCACCAAAUACCGGACCUACAACCUCUCCAGCUCGACCUUUGUCGAUCUCGUGACGGACUCCGCCAGUCCAAACCACACCAGCCGCAUUCCCACCGACCAACUUCGUCUGCGCCUGACCUCUCGUAAGCGCAAAUCCCCCAUCGACACCGCCGGCGACGAAGUCGAACCAGGCCUGCUGUACCCACCUGACCUCCACGAUGUCGUUGACCCCACCGCCGCCGCCGACGACAACGACAACAACAACAAGAAAGACCAACCACAACCUAUCCCCCACAGCGAAGAACGCUUCGAAUCCCUGGGCGUGCACAUGUGGCCCCCCGACGAUGCCCCCGCGGCGCUAACGCAGCUUCUCUCCCCCACCAAGCGCAUCGCCUCGUCGGACGUGCGCGCGGCCGCCGACGAGCGCUCGCUGGUGUACUCGGUGGACGCGCCGGAUUUGGGGGAAGACGGCGACCAAGCCAUCCUGUUGAUCAACUUCGACCCCCUGCUGCGGCUGCCUGGCCUGCAGCGAUUGGAUAUGAGGGAUGGGAGCGUACGGAGCAUGAAGCCGCCGCCCCCGCCGCCGCAACCGCAACAGCAGGCGACAGCGGAACCGGUGCAUUCAGCUGGUUGUGGACAGGGGGAGCGCGUGCGGGUGGGCGACGUCGCGCAGAUGGAGUCGACUAGGCAUACGAGUUUUGGAGCCAAGCGGACGGCGGCGGUGGGCAAACGGGGACGACGGGGGUCGACGGUGCCGUCGGUGCGUGAGGAGGGGGCAAUGUAUCUGCGGAUGGGGAGGGGGUUUUGGCUACGAUAGGGUGGUCCUACAUCGGUACAUGCUACCUAAUUGGAGAUGAGGGAUGGAGACUGAGGGUUUGCUGGGCAAACACUGGAACUUGGGUGGUUUUUUUUCCGUCCGCUUGCAAUUACAUCCCAUUGCAAUGCAAUUUAAAGAGGACAGGCACUGCCUCAGCUGUGGUGGUCAGUUGGAUUGGCUGGGCACUGCCUCAAAACGUGCCGUGCGGUGUGGCUGUGCAAUGCAUGAAAACUUCCCUUGUUGACAACCACAACCACAGGCAAACAAACAUUAACAGAACAAUUACAAAGAAAGUG